AUGAUCUUGGUGCUAAGUGCUCUUCAUGAUUCAGAAGACAAGUCAACUGUGGAAGAUACAAAUGAAUACAGAUUAUGUGCUUGGCUUGCUCAGCAGGAAGAUCAACAUAAAAUUGUAUUGUAUCAAUGUGACUUGGAGUUCACACCAUGGACACAACGAUGUAUUCGUCAAGCUGACUGUAUUCUUAUAGUAGCAUUAGCUAAUCAAGAACCUACUGUUGGAGAACUUGAAAAACAACUUGAACAUAUGAGCAUCAAGACUCAAAAGGAACUGAUUCUUUUACACCGUGAUGAUGGAUUAAAACCUAGAAAUACUGUUCAGUGGCUAAAUAUGCGCAGUUGGUGUUCCUCGCAUCAUCAUAUUCGUUGUCCAAAACGAAUGUUUGCCAAAAAAUCUCAUACUAAGAUGAUGGACCAAUACAAAAAGAUAUUUAAAACCCAACCAAAUAUACAUUCUGAUUUCUCUCGGCUUUCGAGAUUUUUGACCGGCACUACUUAUGGAUUGGUACUAGGUGGUGGUGGUGCUAGAGGAGCAGCACAUGUAGGAAUGAUAAAAGCUAUUUUAGAGGCUGGAAUUCCUAUAGAUAUGGUGGGUGGAGUUAGCAUUGGUGCUUUUAUUGGAGCAUUAUGGUGUGCAGAGAAAGAUAUCACAACAGUUACCCAAAAAGCAAGAGAGUGGGCAUUGAAAAAGACUUCAUAUUGGUAUCAAUUGUUAGACUGUACAUUCCCUACAACCUCAUAUCUAACAGUAUCCAGCUCUAGUUUCCACACUGGUUAUUGUCAGUAUAAACUUGCAAGUAACAGUGUUACUAGUAUAGGAAGUUUAAAAAUUAAAUAA